AUGUUGACUCUGGCUAGGCGCGAACAGCCGAUGCCCACGGUUUUACAGCUCUUCCGGAACGUGUUCUCGGGUCGUUACAAGUUAGCCGCAAACACCGGAGUGUCGUGUGGGAUUCUCGGAUCGGCCGAUGCUCUCCAACAACUUAUCCAGGGUUCCUGGGAUCCGAGGGAUCCAGGACGGCCGUGGGAUUGGAGGAGGACAGGAAGGUUCGCGGCCUGCGGCCUCCUCCAGGGCCCGAUGCUUCACUUCAUGUACCGAUUCAUGGACUUCCACGUCCGCUUUCGAGGCCCAAGGCUUGCCGUUGCACUCCAGAAAUGUGCUAUCGACGUCUCUUCGGCUCCGCUUUUUACCGUUACGACGAUUUGUGGCGUCGGCCUCAUGGAGGGGCACACACUGCGCGAAGGGCUGGCGGAAUACCGACGAAAGUUUAUCCACAUUUUUAUGUUGGACUGCGUAACGUGGCCCCCGUUUCAAUUCGUCAACUUCAUGUUCCUACCCCCGCAGUUCCGUGUCGUCUACACGAAUAUGGUGCAGCUGCUCUAUAACAUGCUCAUCUCCUACAUUAAACACAACAAUGAGCUGGGCAGGCAU